UCCUGUAACAGUUUUUCCGUUACAUAUGGGAAGGGACAACAACCCACAUCUAUAGACCGGAGAGUGUCAACAUGCCAGACAUCGGCUUUGGUAAAAGACGACAAAGCCUGUCUGAGCAGCUUCUUCCUGCUCCUAACCAGACACUGAAACCGGCAGACAGCAAAAAACGCUGUAGGUGUCAGUGUUUUUUCUUCAUUCUGGUCAUGACUGUGGUUCUGUUUUUUUCUAACACAAACUUAAAGGAAAUUGCAAAUGACUUCAUGAAACACAACACUACGACAAAAUGGUUAAAUUCAUUUAAAAGUCAGAGCAGCAAUUACGUCUCUCCCAGUGUGAGUGAUUCCAGACGCAGCACUCCCACACCUGAACUGACCUCUGGAUUUACAAAUAAGGAAAUCUCGAAUGAUGUUCUUCAAUCUGAGAAUAUCACUUUGAAAAUAUCAAGAAAAAUAAAUAACACAAUUGUGACAAAUGAAACAGACUCCGUUGUGAUUCAGCAGGAAACUGUGAAGCCUUAUGUAUCUCCAGGACCAUACUACGUGGAAUACCCAUACAAGUACCACUAUAUUAUAAAUGAGCCAAAGAAAUGUGAGGAGCAGAAACCUUUUCUGGUUCUGAUGGUUCCUGUUGCGCCCCACAACGUAGAGCAUCGCAAAAUCGUCCGCAGCACCUGGGGAGGCGAAAGCAACAUAGAGGGCAAAACGGUCAAGCUGUUCUUCCUGCUUGGGAUGCACAACGGAGUCGGAGUCCAAGCGCAGGUGCUGCAGGAGAGCAUAGAGCAUCAUGACCUGAUCCAGAGCAACUUUGUGGACUGCUACAAGAACCUGACCAUCAAGACCAUGGUGAUGCUGGAGUGGCUGGACUCUUACUGCUCCGGCGCUUCGUACGCCAUGAAAGUGGAUUCAGACACCUUCGUAAAUCUGCCCCUUCUCAUCAGGAUGUUGCGUAACGCUCCAAAAGAGCACUACCUGACCGGACUCGUGACGCAAAACGCUCAAGUCCUGAGAGAUCCCACAAGUAAGUGGUUCAUGCCCUGGAGCGUUUACCCUGAUCAACACUACCCUACAUAUGCUUUAGGCCUGGGCUACGUUUUGUCUUUAGACCUCCCUAGAAAGCUAAUUGAAGCAUCCAGAGAUAUUAAAGCUCUUUACAUUGAAGAUGUGUAUUUGGGGUUAUGUAUGAAAAAAUUGAACAUCUCUCCCACCAACCCUCCAAAAUGGAAUUAUUUUAAUAGUGAUAGAUAUUUGCAUUACAAUCGCUGUAUUUUCUCCAAGUUAAUAGUCUGCUUGACAACUGAACAUGCUGACCGAUUGUGGCUCUGGAAAGACUAUAAAAAACCAGGACCAUACUGCUGAUCUUUAAAAAGAAAAAAGGGGGAAAAAAGAGGAUAUUAUGACAAAAAGAAGGAUUUACUUAAUAUAUUGAUACUCAUUUUAAAAUAUGAGUCCUAAAUAAAAUAAAAAAAGUUUAAUAAAUCCUAACAACCUGCUGAUUAUUAUCACUGAGAUUUUUUUUUAAAAUUAUUACAAUUUAUGACGGAGGGAGAGUGCAACUGUAGAUGCUUGGUAAUAUUAGCACCGUAUUGAAAUAACACUGAAAAAAUGUGCAUAUUUGUAUAUAUAUAUAUAUAUUUUUUAAAUCGCCUAAUGUAAGGAUUUAAAUGUUUUUGUACAU